UUGAGGGGGCCAAAGACGCGUAGAGCGUAUCACUUUUUGUCUUCAGACAGUUUUAUCUCGUGACAGUUUACCAGCGCGUUCAUCGUAAACAUAAGCGAUUUCUCGACAGUUUCUCUUCAGUUUCUCUUUUUCAUAUCAUUUCAAAAUGACAAUUGACACCGCUACGACGGUACAUAUUAAUGAUGCCACGUCAAAACCCUUUUUGGUUACCUUACCAGAUAAAGGGAAGAAGAAAUACAUAUCACAAGUGUCAAAUGAUUCUACUGAUUCUUCCGGCAAAGGAAAAAAGCGUUUUCAAUUUCUAAUUAGUUUUUGCGCUGCACUGGUCGGCAUGCAAGCUGGCGUAACGCUCGGUUGGACAUCGCCGAUUCUGCCGUAUCUCACGUCGGAAGAGUCCUUCCUUCCCGAACUGUCCGAAAAUCAAAUCUCGUGGAUAUCGUCCUUGCUAGCGUUGGGUGCUAUCGCAGGUGCCGUGCCGGCCGGCAAAAUUGCCGACUGGAUCGGCCGAAAGUGGGCCAUCAUUCUAACAGUCGUGCCGUUCGCCACAUGCUGGCUCACUCUAAUCACAACAAGGAACAUCAUCAGCACAUAUGUCGCGAGGUUUGUCGGUGGGAUUGGUGCCGGGGCGGCGUGUGUCCUGGUGCCCGUCUAUGUCGGCGAGAUUGCCCAGACGUCGAUUCGGGGCGCCCUGGGCAUCUUUUUCCCUCUGCUCUUCUCCUCGGGGAUUCUCUUCUCGUAUGUGGCGGGUGCCUAUUGCUCCUACAUGAUCUUUCACAUCACCUGCUGCAUCAUCCUACUACCCUUCGUCCUAAGCGCGCCCUUCAUGCCGGAAUCGCCGAUGUGGUUGAUGCAACGGGAAAGCGAAGAUCAAACCGCCAGAGUUCUGUCAAUUCUACGAGGAUCGCGUUACGACAUUGACGGGGAAAUGGCUGUUCUCCAAGAUGAUGUAAACAGGAUAGCAAAAGCAUCGGGCGGUAUCAAGGACCUCAUCGGGACCAAGGCCGGACGUAAGGCCACCGUUACUUGCGUAGGACUCAUGUGCUUCCAGCAAUUGUGCGGCGUGGACGCUGUUCUCUUCUAUACGGUCAACAUCUUCCAGGCGGCCAACAGCACGAUUGAUCCCUUCCUGGCGACCAUCGUUAUCGGGCUUACCGAGGUCGUGAUGACAAUAUUCGUUGCUUCCGUGAUUGACAGAUUUGGUCGAAAGCCACUCUUGAUAAUAUCCGGCGCGAUGAUGACCGUUUGCUUGGCCAUCCUGGGUUACUACUUUAGACUCAAGGACGAAGGAAGCGACAUGAGUGCCUUUGGCUGGGUGCCGCUGACCUCUCUUGCUUUCUUCAAUAUUGUUUUCUCGAUCGGUUAUGGAUCCGUGCCCUUCACAAUAAUAAGUGAGAUAUUUCCACCGGAAACCAAAGGCGUCGCUAGCAGUAUAUCGAUUGUGACACAUUGGAGCCUCGUGUUCGCUGUCACCAAGUUAUUCCCGAUCAUGGAGUACAAGAUGGGCCAAGCAGUAACUUUCUGGACAUUCUCGUGCUUCACUGCCGCGUCCGUAGUCUUUGUGUAUUUUGUAUUACCGGAAACAAAGGGUAAAACAUUGCAGGAGAUACAGAAAAAGCUCGAACGAAGAAAAAUAUCGAGCAUAAAAUAUUCGGUUGAACCGGUCUGAAAAUUUCAGUAUUAUUUAAAAAACGUUUACCUUGUCGCGUCACGUUCAACGCAAAGAUUAGUAUUGAUGGUCCUGGUUUAAAAAAUUGUGAAGAUCGAUGAAGGAGAAGAAUGUACGUCACUUUUUUAUAUUUUUUUUAUUUUUAUUUCUUUUUUUUUACGGAUACGGAUUAUUUCUCUCAAAUGAUUAUUUGUUAUAAAAUGUAAAGUUCCUUAUUUUUUAUUUUGUAUUUGAUAUAAUUAUUGUUAAAAAAAUGAAGGAAAUUUGAGGAUUGUAAAUGCGUAAUAUGUGCAUCUGUAACUAUUUUUUAGGAAUGCAUUUAAAAUAUUCGAGAAUAUGCAAAGAAUAAAAUAUACAAAUUUAAGAUCUUUUUCUUGCACAAAAAUAGAUAUAGAUAUGUUCUGUCUAUAAAACUUUUUAACAUUUUAUUGAUCAAAGCAAAACAUGUCGAAUAUGUUGAAUGAUUUUGUUAUUUUAAGUAAGAAAAUGUAUUUUUAGCAUUAUAAUAACAAUAUUUUUGUAAUUAAAUUAAUAAAAUUUCAUGUUACAAAUACUGUUACCGACCAACUGAUGUCUGAGUUAAAGUAAAUUCUCUCUGUUAGAUGUCAUAUACUGUAUGUUUGUGACGAAUACAUCGCAUUCUAUCCCUCUCACGCUAAUCUUUUAAAAUAAUUUUAAUGUAAUUCGAGAUGUUAUUUGACCAAAUAAUUAUUUAUUAUAAUUAUUAUUUACUGAAAAGCUAUUCAUAUAUAUUAACUAUACUCGACUUCUCGAUAACCGAUUAUUGAAUACUGUAAAUAAUUGUAUAGUAAUAUUUAUGUUUAAAAAUAUUUAAAAACAUCAUAAUGAUAUUAUGGUUAUUGCGUAUAAAAUGUUAAAUAUAUAAAAAAUGCAUUUGAGAAUGACAUUAAAUUAUAAG